CUCUCCCUCUCUCUCUCUCUCCUCUUACUCCUCCUCCUCUCUCUUCCCACCAACUCGCAUCUACUCAUCCUCAUCCUCAUCCUCCUACUCCUACUCUCUCUCUCUCUCUCUUUCUUGCACUACUGCUCGUCGCUAUCAUACUCUCAGCUCACAUCCACAUCCGCUUCUCACACAACAUUCUUGCUUGCUGUCUCCCUCUUCCUCUCCUCCCUCUCCCACCCCCCAAGUCCUCGAUCAAGCCUAGGCCACUUGAACUUGCUUGGACUACACCCCAUCAACAACAAUGGCCCUAUUCGUCACUGCAAUCCACACCUUUGUGGCAGAGCAUGCAGACGAACUCGAGUUUCAAGCAGGCGACAAGAUUGAAGUCUUGGAACGAGACGAAGCCUUCGGUGAUGGAUGGUGGAAGGGCCGUAACACCAAGGGCGACGAGGGUCUGUUCCCCGCAACUUACAUCUCCGAGGAUCCAAAUGCUGUGCCCGCCGGCGUGCCAAAGUCUGAUGCUCCUCUAAACGGGGGCGCAGACGACGAUGCUCCGGCAACGCCCGUCGUGGCCGCUUCCGGAGCACCCACCUCUCAGCAAAACAGCCUCGCAUCCCCUUUCACACCAGGCGCAGGGGCAGCCGGAGCGGAUCGCAGUCUUGAAAAGGAUAACCGCAAUAGCCUGCUCGAUGUGACUGGCGCGCCUCGCGGCGCAGCCCUCGCCUCCUCGGCCGGCAUGAGCUCGGGCAACAACGUCAUGGACAGCACUAUCGGCGAAGUCCAGGAAGCGAUUGACACCAUGGGUGCCCCUUCACCCGCUCGCACACCCGAGGCGCCCGUCCAGAAGGGUUACCAGCUCAAAGACCCUCAGGCGGUAGCACGCGAGGACGACGACGACGUUUCUGAUGGCGAGGGCGCCAUCGGAAUCAACUCGGACGCGCGCGCCCGUCUCGCUGCCCAGGCCAAGCUUGCUAACGAGGAGCGCGACCGCCAGCACCAGCGCGAGAGUGGCGGUGUUGCCGACCUCAUAUACUCGGACGAGAGUGAUGAGGACGAGGAGGGAUCCGCCGGCUCUCGCCGUGCUUCCCGCGGAUACCGUGGCCUCUCGCUUAAUGGCACUCACUCUGCCCAAACAACCUCGACAACCACGCCCAUUGCCGAGCGCAUCGAGGACGAGGACAGGGAUGAGUCUCUGCAGUCGCAGUCUUUGGCUGCUGCAGCUGUGCCAGCGGUCAUUCCUCCCGACGCUCCUGCUACCUCGUUCCCGGCCUCAUCUACCUCUCCUCAGCCCAAACCUGCCGCGAUGUGGAGCCCAGUGCCAUACCCGCCUGUCUCGCAGCUUGCCCCCCAGCAGCAGCAGCAGCGGGAGCUGCCCCCACAGAAUGUAUCUACUGCCGCUCCUACGGCUGGAGUUAAGGCCCCUUCUCCUCAGCCCGUAGCCCAGGCGCCGGGAUCGGUCCUUCCUGCUGCCCCUGCGGCGGAGGCUUCUCACGCUUCUUCAACCCUUCCCUUGGCAGCCGCCGGAGCUGGCGCCGCCGCCCUUGCGGGAGUCGGUGCUGUCGCACUUGCAUCUGGAUCUGGGCCAUCGCCGCAGGCCCAACAGUCUGCCCUUUCAGGAUCGUCACCGAACCUCGUGUCCGGCGCCACUACCAUGCCGGAACAGGUCGCGCCUUCGCCUGGUCGGAGAACCUCGUCGCUGCCUCGCGGAUCACCGCUCCUGAGCACGUCCAGCCUCCCCACCUCUUCGCCGGGUUCGCAACCGGUGGCUCUCCCCGCUGGCGCUGCUCCUCCCAGCAACACCACGCCGCGCAUGGACCAGCAGGCACAGCUUUUGCCCGCUCUUCCCAUCUCAUCACCUGCCGCCAACCCUGCUGUCGCUGCUGCCGGUGUCCCUGCAAUGACCAGCCCCGCGGCUUCGUCCCCGGGCGGACUCGUUUCUCCGGGCACCGCCGCUCGCAUGCCUGCUAAGCCGCCAAUGACUUGGACCGUCGAUGAAGUCGUGGAGUGGGCCCGCUCGCGCGGCUUUGACGACGGCGUCUGUAGCAAGUUUGUGGAGCAGGACAUUACCGGCGACGUUCUUCUUGAGCUCGACGCCAACCUACUGAAAGAGCUCGACAUUCCACAGCUCGGCAAGCGUCUCCGCAUCGCCGCGGCCAUCAACGAGCUCCGCCGCCCCCCUUCUGCUGUCUCGAACAAGUCGUCGCAGCCGCAGACGCAGACCACAUCUCCCGCGCCGCCUUCCACCGCGGUCAUGCCCGACUCUCAGAACCUGACCCAGACGCCGUCGGCUCCAGUGCAGACGCACUCGCAGACUCCGUCGCAGUCCUCGAGCAUUCGCGGACUUCCAAUGGCUGCGCCUGCGUUCAUCAGCCAGGCUCCACUGUCUACGCCCCCUCUCGGCACCACUUCCCCCGUCAUCGACGACCACCACAGCGCAUGGUCGCACGGCCGCAAGGUUAGCGUCACGCCUACGACCCAGUCAAUCGACGAAUCUAAGGCUAUCGACGGCCCCAUCGUCACCAACGGUCACAGUCACAGUCAGUCGGCGUCCAUCUCCCACCCGCCGUCAUCGAUCAAUGCGUCCUCGCACUCGGCGUCUCGCUCGACUUCGUCGAUACCCUCUCCCGCGGCUACCUCUUCGACGACUACGGCCAUAGGCACCAAGGAGAGCUUGAUCAAGCGCGAGUCCAAUAGCUCGCUGACUGGCCACAAGAAAAAGGGCAGCGUCGACAAGACUGACCGCUUGAGCUUCUUUGGCCGCAACCGCAAAGCUCCCCCUGCGGCGGGCUCGGGCAAUGCCUCGCCCGUCAGCGCCGACCGCAGCGCCUCGUCGCGCAUGGCCUUCAGCGGCGGCCAGAAGCCUGCGAUGCAGACCAUGACGACCGACAAGCCCGACGGUGUUGCGUCAACGCCCAGCGCGGGUGUCGGCGCCGCUCUGCGCCAGAUCGGCAAGCCCGACAAGGUUGGUUACCUUAAGAAGCGUGGCGAGCGUUACAACACCUGGAAGACGCGCUACUUUGUUCUCAAGGGCUCUCACUUGUACUACCUCAAGGGCGAGAAUGAGGACCGGGUUAAGGGCCACAUUGAUCUUAAGGGUCACCGCAUCAUUGUUGACGAGAACACGAACCCCGGUAACUAUGGCUUCCGUCUCGUUGGCCCUGGCAGCGACAACAAACCGCACUUCUUCUCGUCGUCGGACCAGGCCCAGGUCCGCGACUGGAUGAAGUCACUCAUGAAGGCGACGAUUGCACGCGACUACACUGUGCCCGUGACAUCGUCGUGCAACAUCCCCACCAUCCCCCUGGCAGAGGCGCAGGCGCUUCAGCCCCGUCCCCCGAGCCCCGCACAGCGCGAGGCGACGCAGCGCGCGACGCGCCGCGAAAAUGUCAACCAGCUCACGCCUCGUGAUGCUAGUGUCCUUAUGAGCCUUGACACCUCUGGCAGCGGCCGGAGAAUGACGAGCCAUGGUAGCACUCUCCAGCCUUCGCCGUCGCGGCCUGACCGGGACACGCGCCGUCCAUCGACGGGCAAGGAGACGAUUAUGAACCGACCGAGCAUGGCGAUCAGCGACAGGCGGAGCGUUACGUCCUAUUACGGCCAGCCGGAGACGGAGGAGCAGGCCGAGCUGCUCAAGUGGGUCAACGAGACGCUACCGCCGCAAUACCCGCGUGCGGCCCACUUCCCGAGCUCGUUCAUGUCGGGCGAGGUCAUCUUGCUGCUCGUCAAGCAUUUGUCGGGCAUUGAGCCGAACCCGCCCGUGCCGUCAUCGGCCUUUGCGCCUGAUGCGACGGGCCUGCCCAACGUCGAGGGGUUGCUGGCGAUGGGCGAGACGGUGAUCGACGCCGGGGUCGACAGCGCUGGCGUGAGUCUAAACGAGAUUCGCGCGGGCGAUGUUCAGGCGAUCACACACCUGCUGGAGACUGUGCGUUCGUGGGCACGGCAGAAGGGUUAUGCUUAGGCAAAAUUCUCAAAUCACGACUACUAGAGGUGUAUCUAACGAGAGGGGGG